CAUGGCGGACAGCGCGAGCGAGAGCGACUCGUCCUCCGUGACCGAUGGCCCCAUUAUGCAGCCUCCCUCCAUGCCUCCUUCGCCCAUCACUCGGGAGCAGUGGCAGAAGAGGAUCGAGUGCCUGCAACAGCAAAACCGGGUGCUGAGGGCGGAGCUGGAGACGUAUAAACUGAGGGUAAAGAGCCUCCACGAAGAGAACAGGGCGUUGCGUCAAGCUUCUGUCAAUAUUCAAGCGCGGGCAGAGCAGGAGGAGGAGUUUAUUAGUAACACCCUGCUGAAGAAGAUCCAAGCCCUGAAGAAGGAGAAGGAGACCCUAGCCUUAAACUACGAGCAGGAGGAGGAGUGUCUUACUAACGACUUGUCCCGCAAGCUGAGCCAGUUGCGUCAGGAAAAGGUCGAGCUGGAGCAGACACUGGAGCAGGAACAAGAGUGCCUUGUAAACAAGCUUAUGCGUAAGAUUGAGAAGCUAGAAACAGAAACUGCAGCUAAACAGAAUGACUUAGAAACACUUCGUAGAGAGAAGAUUGAAUUAGAGAAUACCUUAGAGCAAGAACAAGAAGCAUUAGUCAACAAAUUAUGGAAGAGAAUGGACAAGCUGGAAGCCGAGAAAAGGAUGCUGCAGGGCAAAUUGGAACAGCCCAUUUCCAACCCCCCUUCGCCUGCAGAUUUCAACCAGGGGGACCGGGCCAAUAACCUCUCGUCGCACAUCCAGCACCUCCGCAACGAGGUUACGCGUUUCAGGGAGCAGCUCACAAGUGCCCAGGAAGAACACAACCGCACAACCCAGCAAUAUGCAAAUGAGGAGCGGCUGAUCCGAGAGGAAAACCUCCGGCUGCAGAGGAAACUCCAGAUGGAGAUCGAGCGGCGGGAGGCCCUCUGCCGCCACCUCUCCGAGUCAGAAUCCAGCCUGGAAAUGGAGGAGGAGCGGCACUACAACGAGGUGGCGUCACAGCGGCACCGCACUCUCUCUAGCCCUGUGCCCUACAACCCCUCGCCUAGCUCCUCCAGGCCACUCUCCCCAGGUCUAUCCAGCUACAGUGGCGGCAGAGACCUGUUCUCCCCCCCAAGCCCCAUGGGCCGCUGCCCCCACUGCGGCCAGGUGAUCCUCCACCACCCACCGCCCACCGCUCCCCCGCCCUCCUACCUGCCCUCCACUUCACCACCUCCCCCACCUGUAAUCUCACCUGCAUUCCAGAGACACGGGACCCGCACCUCCCAGGAGCGCUUCGUCAAGCCCAUCGCUCCGCCCCCAACCAGUUCCACUCUGCUGGCCACACCCCCCGGCCCUCACCACCCCCCGGCGGCGCCCUCAGGGUCCUCCUCCUCCUCCUCCUCCUCCACCACGGGAGCGACCAAUUCCUUGCCGCCCAGCCAUCCCCCUCCGCCCCCUCCCCCUGUGCCCGCCCCCCAGCUGCCCCCCUCCCCGCACCCCCUCGCACCCCCCUCACCCAUGGACGUCAGUCGGAACUGAUGUGCCGAAGGAAGGUGAGAGGCGAGGGCAGGCGGAGGCUGAGGCAGGCUGAGAUCUAAGUGUAGUUUAUUUCCGUUUAUGGUUUUACUCGUCUUUUUUCCUUUUUCCUUUUCUUUUUCCUUUUUUUUUUUUUU